AAUUCAUUUCGAGCAAGCACGAUGGCGCAACAGCAGAAGGUCCUGAGCUUGUACCGCACGAUGCUGCGCCAAGCCGCCCAGUACGAGAACUACACGUUCCGCUCGUACGCGCAGCGCCGUAUCAAGGCCGACUUCCACGCCAAGAAGAGCGCCGCCGCCGCCGACGCCGAAGCUGCCUUGGCGUUUGGCCACGAGCAGCUCGCGAUCCUCCGGCGACAGGUCGCCAUCAGCAAGUUGUACCCUGGCGAGAAGUCUGUCAUGGAAGGCGUCCGCAACUAGUAACCUAAAUCGCAUCGCGCGUAUUGUCCGUGACCCUGCCACGCCUACCGCACCCCUGCACGCUGC